AUGGUUGCUUCCACAACAGCGGUUGUUCAUGAAGUUGGUGAUUCUCAAGGUUGGAUUAUAGGCAAUAUUGACUAUAGUCAAUGGGCCUCUACAAAGAAUUUUCAUGUUAAUGACAUCUUAGUUUUCAACUACAACAACAAGUACCACAAUGUGAUGCAAGUGAGUAAGCAAGAAUAUGAAUCAUGCACAAUUACAAAUCCAAUUGCCACAUUCAACACUGGCAAAGACUCUAUUACUCUUCAAGCCUAUGGUGAUUAUUACUAUGUUUGUGGAAAUCCUGGCCAUUGCCAAAUUGGUCAGAAAUUUCAUAUAAAUAUUGUUGGAACAAGUUCACAAGGAAGUGCAAGUGUUGUUGCAUCACCCCUUUGUUUCAUGUUGUUGAUCACCAUCAUUGCCAUUCUUGAAUUUUGCUUCUUUUUGACAUUUUAA